CGGCUGUCGGGAGGGCGCGUCGGGAUGCGGCCCCCGGGGGGCGGCGCGGGGUCGGCGGCGCUGGCGGCGGGGCUGGUGCUGCUCUACUACGCCUUCUCCAUCGGCAUCACCUUCUACAACAAGUGGAUCAUGAAGAGCUUCGGCUUCCCGCUCUUCAUGACGCUGCUGCACCUGCUGGUCAUCUUCGCGCUCUCGGGCCUGACGCGCCGCUGCGCCCGGAGACCCGCCCGGCCGCUGCUGCCCUGGGCCGCCUACCUGCGCCAGGUGGGCCCCGCAGCUCUGUCGACGGCCCUGGACGUGGGGCUCAGCAACUGGAGCUUCCUCUACAUCACCGUCUCGCUCUACACCAUGACCAAGUCCUCGGCCGUCCUCUUCAUCUUGUUCUUCUCUCUGGUCUUCAAGCUGGAGGAGCCGAGGGCGGCGCUGGUGCUGGUGGUGCUGCUCAUUGCGGGGGGGCUCUUCCUCUUCACCUACAAGGCAACGCAGUUUGACAUGGAGGGCUUUGCCAUGGUGCUGGGUGCCUCCUUCCUGGGCGGAAUCCGCUGGACGCUGACACAGAUACUUCUGCAGAAGGACGAGCUGGGACUCCAGAAUCCCAUAGACACCAUGUUCCACCUGCAGCCAGCCAUGUUCCUGGGCCUCUUCCCCCUCUUCGCUGCAUUUGAGGGCCUGCCCUUGUCUGCGUCGGAGAAGCUCUUCCGUUUCCACGAGGUGGACCUUCUGCUGGGCCUCUUGGGCAAGCUGGCCUUGGGGGGGCUGCUGGCCUUUGGGCUGGGCUUCUCCGAGUUCCUCCUGGUGUCGAAAACCUCCAGCCUCACCUUGUCCAUCUCUGGCAUUUUCAAGGAGGUCUGCACUCUUCUGCUGGCCACGCACCUCAUGGGAGACCACCUGAGCCUCUUGAACUGGCUGGGCUUCGUCGUCUGCCUCCUGGGGCUCUCCCUCCACGUUGCGCUGAAGGCUCUCAGUGCCACAGGGCAAAAGGGCGCCAGGCAGCCCAAGGAGUCUUGCUCCAGCCCGGACUUGGAGUUGCUGCUGCUCCACCACCAGGAGGAAGAGGACCCUGCGGGAUUCCCCCAGCGCUGAAACACGCCAGCAGCUCAGCCAAGAGAGCCCAAGGCAGGGGGAGCCGGCUACCCCGGAGGGCUUCAAAUGGGGGGGCUUGGGGCCCCUUAGAAGGGAAGAGGCUGAAGCACUUGGGCCCUGGUGCUAUGGGAAAGAUCUCGGGGGUGGGGGAGCCGCAGGAAGCUUGGCAGGUGCAGGCGCUGCGUUGGGUCUCCGUGGCUCAGAGAGGGAGCUUGGGGGAGGCUGUAAAGUGAGACGGACUGUGCCAUCCUGUGAGCCUUCAUGGAUGGCGACAUUG